AUGACCUACCGGGGCUCUUUGCCUUCGGGGCAGGCCUUUAAUGGCCAGCAGCACCUUCCGCAGGCCUACAACGACCCAUACGGCACCGGCAAUGGCAAUGGCAAUGGCAAUGGCAACCCCGACGGCCAAAAUCCACCGUACCUGAAUGCUGCCUAUGGCGGUAUCGGCCAGGCGCAAGGCAACUUCCAUCCGUCUCCAGUUCCUCCUGCCUCUACCCUUCCACCUGCUGCCGCGCCUGCCCCGAUGAACAUGCAUGCGAACGGAUAUGGCCACUAUCCUCCUGCCUAUGGCGGCAACUUUCCGCCGCAGCAGCAUCAACAACAGCAACAGCAGCAGCUGCCGCCGCCGCAGUCGCUGCACUACUCUCAACAAGGCCAACAGUCCUUUGCCCAAAGCAACGUGAUGAACUCGCCCUUCGUGUCUCCUCACUUACCUCACGCUUCCUACCCGCAACAUACUCAAGCCGCGCGAUCACCUGCACUGCCGACCGCUUCCAUACCGAACCCGACGACCCCAACCUACGCCGAAUAUCGACCGCAACCGCCGCAGCAACCGCAAGCCCAAUACCAGCCGCACUUUCAGCAACCGGUUAGCCAGCAGCAGCGCCAUCAGGUCCAACAGCUGCACAACGUUCAACCGCAGGCCGCACCUCAGUAUGCUCAAUUCUCACAGCCAGCCAUGGGCAACAGUCAGAGUGUCCCGGUCCUGAAUCAGCCUUUCGCCGAACCUUCCCACGUCCAGCCGAGUCCUGAGCCCAACCGUGCCAACUCCCCCGUCGUACAACCCGCCAGAUCUCCCAGUAUAGCCAGGAAAUCGCCCGCAAUAUCGUCCAUGAAUUCCCCCGCCGUAUCAUCGAGGGGCUCCCCGGCUCUCUCCACGAAAGCGAGAUCCUACGAUACGACUGCGAUUCUUGUACAUGUGGCUGAGGAGUGUUUUGAAAAGGCGAAGCGUGCAGUACAGCAAGUUGCCGCAUCUUUGGCCGAAGAGCAAGUGCGCGAAUAUCAGAAGCUGAUCACCACCGGGCUUGCAUGCCUCGAAGCCGCUUUCCAGAGCAACCGUCUGUCGCCCAGACAAGAGGCGAGGGCACGGCUUAGAUAUGCGUCCAUCUUGUGCGAAGAGACUGAGAACCUGCAGGAAGCUGAGACUGCACUCAGCAAGGGCAUCACCAUUUGCGAAAAGCAUAGGUACACUGACCUCAAGUACUGUAUGCAAUAUCUGCUGUUGCGGGUGCUUUUUCAGCGGAACCAAAAGGCAGCCUUUAUUGCCAUUGAAAAGAACAUAUCUGACUGUCUCACUUUCAAACACACCCACUGGGUCUACGCCUUCCGCUUGUUGAAGGCUACGUUCCAUGUACAUGCUGGCAGCCCGCCAGACGCGGCGGUCCUGGAAAACUUUCGGGCCAUCUCUGCGCUGGCGAGUGAUCGAAAUGACCACGCCAUGGUUGUGUUUGCCUCUCUUCUUGAAGGCCUGUCCAUGUUGAGGACGAUUCGACCUGACACCAUUGAGCGUGUACAAACUUGUUUGGCCCAGGCUACCAAGUAUCAACUCGACCCAUCUGUUCAAAUACCGCAGCUCGAUAUUCUGACACUGCUGCUGGAUCUUGCAUGCAGCAUGCACCAAAAGACACCGGACAUCUUGAUAUACAAACUGAAAACCCUGCAAAGCAAACUGGACGACAGCAUGGGCUCAUCAACCUGGAGCGACUUGAACCCGGAAAUUCUCAUCCCUAUCAACAAGGCCUCUGCUGCAUCCGCCACGCUUAGCGACGACACAACUGCUAUUCUUCGAGCCGGCCCGUCAAGUCACGAUUACGUGGUCAUGACUUUCCUAAACAGACUAGAAAUUGUUGUUCUCACUUAUACUUUCAGUGGCCUUGCCGGUAUGUAUAGGCCUGGACACGAAUCAAGACGAAGCCACGAAUUCUGGAAGGAAGGCUUUGAGGUCUUGGCGAAAUGGAACAAAGACGUGGCACCAAACAUUUCCGGUUCUUCACUACAAGGCUGUAUCGAGCAGGCCAAGUGGAGAACUGAGAUCUUCUGCUAUCUUCAACUUCUUACUGGGCUCUACUUCGCAACUCAUAGCCAGUGGGCCAAGGUUGAGCAGUGUGUGGCGAAGCUUCAGCAAGCCAUUACGCCAGGUAUCAACGAUAUCUUCGGUCUCUUCUCGCUCUAUCUCUCGGGCGUGUACCACCAAGGCACUGGCGAUCUCGAGACAGCUCUGCUGCUGUUUGAAGACGAAAGAUUGAGUAUCAGCGCAGGCCAGGCGGGACACGGUGGCAGGAAACCUGCAAAGCAAGACCUGUGUAUCCUCGCCGCUCUGAAUCGACUUUGGAUUCUCCAGGAUGCGACCUAUCUCGAUGCGGCAACGUCCACCGAUCUCUUAAACACACUUCGGCCUAUAUGUGUUGAGCACCAGGACCCUGACAUCCGGACUGCAUUCAAUCUUGUACAAGCAACAGCUUCAACGAGCCCUCCUCCGUCAAUGCAUCAGAUCAAGACGAGUAUAACAAACUCGUUGAAUGGUUCAAAACUGACAGGUAACACGCACUGUCUGGCAAUAGCCCUAAGUAUCAUGCGAUACCGGUUAUUUGACAACGUGGUGGGCGAACAAGCCCUCAAGAGCGCGAAAGCAGCUUCGACUCAGGCCAAACGAAGUGGCAACCUUCUCUGGAUGAGUGUUGCGGACGGCAUGUUGGCAGACUCUUUUGAAGUCCAAGCAAUGUUCCCCGAAGCUGAAACGGCACGCCGCAAUGCUACGGAGCAUGCGUCUUACGCGUUUACGGGCAAGGAGUAG